AUGUCUGAACCCAAGCCAGCCGUCGUCUGCGUCUUCUGCGGCGCAACCCCCGGCAAAGACGCCGCGCACCUCGAAGCCGCCCACGCCCUGGCCGUCGAAUUCCACAAGAACAACGUGCACCUCGUCUACGGCGGCGGCACCACCGGUCUCAUGGGCGAGGUCGCCAAAACCCUCGUGGCCCUCUCCGGACCAACCGCCGUGCACGGCAUCAUCCCCCGCGCCCUCGUCCAGGUCAAGGCUGACGCCGCUGCUCGCGAACUCAAUGGCGCCAAAGCCGCGGAGCGUGUUGUCUCGUCUGCGUCCGAGCUUGAGCAACCCGUCACCGAGUACGGGCUGACCACCAUCGUGCCCGACAUGCAUACCCGCAAGCGUCUUAUGGCCACCAAGGUUAUGGAGGGUGGGCCUGGCAGUGGCUUUGUUUCGCUGGCUGGGGGCUUUGGGACGAUCGAGGAGCUUAUGGAGAUGACGACUUGGAAUCAGCUGGGGAUUCAUCAGGUUGGGGUUGUGCUGCUUAAUGUGAAUGGGUACUGGGAUGGGGUGAUGCUGUGGAUUCGCAAUGGCGUUGCCCAGGGCUUUAUCCGUGAGAAGAACGCGAAGAUCAUUGCGGAGACGACUGACCCUGCGAUGGUUGUGGCUAUGCUGGUACAGUACCGGAAGAGUGAGGAUCGUCUGCUGCUGAACUGGGAGAAAUGA